AUGGAAGAACUGCAACGUGAAAACAGUUCUGAAUUUACUACCUUCAUCUUCCUACAAUUGGUGGAUUCACUUGAACUGCAAGUGUUGCUUUUCUGUGCUUUUCUGUUAGUUUAUAUAUUUACCCUGACUGGAAAUUAUCUCAUCAUUGUUAUCACUGUGACAAAUACUUCUCUUCAUACUCCCAUGUAUUUCUUCCUCAGGAUCUUAUCAAUUCUGGACAUUGUCUACUCUUCAGUUACCACCCCCAAGAUUCUGUUGAACUUGUUAAUGGAGGACAGAAGCAUUUCCUAUAUUGGCUGUGCUGCUCAGAUGUACUUCUUGAUUUUCCUAGGGUCUACAGAGUGCAUUCUCUUGGCAGUUAUGGCAUAUGACCGUUACAUGGCCAUAUGCAACCCACUGAAAUAUACAGUCCACAUGAAUCAGAGAGUCUGCCAAUCAUUCUCCUUGCUUUCAGUGGUUAUUGGAAAUCUAGUGUCUUUAGUGCAAACAAUCUGGGUGUUCAAUCUCCCAUUAUGUGGGUCCAACAAGAUAGAUUAUUUCUUUUGUGAUAUCCUCCCAUUCCUUAAGCUUUCUUGUGCUGAUACUUCUAUGUUUGAGAUUCAGUUGUUGACAGCCACUGUGCUGGUUAUUGUCACUCCUUUUAUUCUUAUCCUUAUCUCCUAUAUCCUAAUAAUCUCUUCCAUUCUGUUGAUGACCUCAGAUGUGGGCAAGUGGAAAACCUUCUCUACUUGCUCCUCACAUAUUGUGGUGGUAAUAUUGUACUAUGGGGUUAGCAGCUUCAUUUACACAAAGCCCAAAUACAUCUUUUCUGAGGGCACAAGCAAAGUUAUUUCACUGAUAUAUACAACUGUCACACCCAUGCUGAACCCUGCUAUCUAUAGUAUAAGGAACAAAGAGGUACAGGGAGCCCUCAAGAAAAAGAUAGAAGAAUGGAAAAUAUUUCUUCAUGGGGAUUAA